AUGGACGACGGUCCUCCACCUCCGCCGCCUCCGCAUGGCGCAAACCCAAAGACUACAGGCGGCAGCCAUGCACCUCCCGACCCCGGCCCAAGCGGCGGCCUGCCACCGGGCAACUAUGACAUCUUCAUCAUACCGCCGCACUCUUCAGGAGGUGGCUUCAUAUACCUACCCAGCAUGGGCGUGCAGCAGAACAGCUUCAUCGCGGGUGUGCUCAGCACCAUCGCGAGCAUCGUGCUCUGGAAGGCCGCCGAGCCUUACAUGAAGCAAUACUUUCUCAUCGUCCGACAUGGAGUCACGACUGGCGGCAAUGGCGUCAUACUGCUUGCGGUACUGAUGUUGGUUGCCGGAUGGGCAGUUGGUCAGACACAAGCAGGGGGUCGCUUUAGCAGUGGCGGAGGGGGCUAUGGCCGUGGUGGAGCUGGAGCUGGAGCUGGCACACAUACACCGGGCGGAAGCUCAAGCUAUCAACGAGCGCCUCCACCACCGCCUCCAAAUGGUGGCUUCCCCGGCAGUCCUCCACCUCACGGCGGAUGGGGUGGAUACCGCCAGUACGGGGCUGGCUCGCCGCCACCACCACCUCAAGACGACGAACCUUCCUUCGACGAAGAGGCCGAGCGAGCCGAAGAGGAGCGCAAACAAGCAGAGGAGAAGGAGAAGCGGCGGAAAGAGAAGGAGGAAAAGAAACGGAAAGAGGACGAGGAACGCAAACAGAAGGAGGAAGAGCGCAAGAAAGCUGAGGAAGCCAAAAAGAAGCAGGAAGAGGAAGAAGCCGAACGCAAGCGCGCCGAAGAGGCAGAGGAGAAGAAGAAACAGGAAGAGGAGCUUAGGAAGAAACAAGAGGCGGAUCUCAAGAAGAAGCUCAAGAAGGAGCUCAAGGAGGCCGAGGAAGCUAAGCGGAGGGAGGAAGAGGAAGAACGCAAGCGUGCUGAAGAAGCCAAACGACAAGCUGAAGAGGAAGCUCGGCAGAAGCGUGAAGCUGAAGAGCAGAGGCUAGCUGAAGAAGAGAGGAAGAAGCGUGAGGCUGAGGCACAGAGACUUGCCGAAGAGGAGAAGAAACGGCAAGAAGAAGCUGAGCGCCAACGCAUCGCCGAAGAGGAACGCAAGGCCGAAGAAGAGCGCAAACUCGCUGAAGAGGCUCGGAUACGCGCUGAAGAGGAGAAAAAGAAGAAGGACGAGGAGGACCGCAGACGAGCCUGGGAAGAACUCAAGCGCGCAGAAGAGGCCCGACAGAAGAAGGAGGCUGAAGAAAAGGCCAAAGCAGAGGCAGCCAAAGCCGCCAAAGCCAAAGCCGAAAAGGAGAAGUGGGAGCAGAUGCGCAAGCGUGAGCGCGAGCAACGCGAACGUGAAGCUCGCGAGCGUCUCGCUAAAGAGAAAGCCCGCAAGGCACAAGAAGCCAUUGAGAAAGAGAAGGCCGAACGAGAAGCUCGCGAGGCUGAGGUGCGUGCAGCAGUCGAGAAGGAGAUCCGCGAGAAGCUCGAAGCGGAACAACGCGCUAAAGCCGCCGAGGAGGCUGCAAGAAAGGCUGAGGCAGAGAAGAUCGCAGCCGAAGAGGCAGCCGCCAAAGCGAAGGCAGAAGCGGAGGCUGCUCUCGCGAAAGCGAAGACAGAUGCUGAGCGUGCCGAACGUCUCAAAGCAGCUCGUGAGCGAGCUCAGAAAGACCGUGAAGCCCGUGAAGCAAAGCUCAAAGCAGAAGCCGAACGCAUCAAGGCCGAAGCCGCUACCGCAGCAGCCACAGCCGCAGUUCCUGACCUCACUGCCCGUCGCUCAACUACGUAUGGUAAUGUUGGUGGAGGUGAACGUCUCGAUCCAUAUGCUGGAGCAAGAAAUACACCACCACCUGCUGCGUCCGUUACUUCCACACACUCCUCACCUAUCAAAGCAACCGUCACACCCAAGAAACCCUACGAACGCCCCACAGCCGCAUCAUAUCUCGGUUCCGAAUCCGACGCCGCGUCGUUCGUUCCGCCCCGAACAGCCACGGGACCUGCCCGCAGCACGGCAACACGUUCCCAUGUCUCAAGCGCUUACUCUGAGUCUUCCUAUGCCCCGUCACAAUCUACAACUCGCACAUCGCCGCCUGCGUCGAGAAGUGGACCGUAUGCGACAGCCGACCCGAACAAGAUCGUUAUCAAAGCGGUAUAUCUUUUCAACGACCUCUUUCCCAAACCAGUUGCGCAGUUGGUGUCAAAUGUGGGCAAAGUAACAGACGGCUUGAUCCUCAAAAUACAAAGUGAGGGCUUAUUCAUCGACGAUGAUGUCCGGGGCAUUCCGCAGCGCGAGUGGGAUGUCAAGGCUUGGACUUUGAAGAUGGUCGAGACGGGCAAACAGCCCACCAAAAACCUCCACAUCCUCCGCGCCUCGGUCCGCGAUGCCGACGGCAAGAAAUACGUCUUCCUCAUUGACGAAACUGAGAGCUGGAAACUGGCUCUUGGACUGCAGAGACUGAGGAAGGGAAGUCAGGUGAGGAGUUUGCAGAGCGCGCAGAUGGCGCCGAAUGAGAUGGCGAGGGUGUUGAAUGCUGUGCCGCCUAUUGCUUUGUAA